CGCGAGAUUGUGUGGAAGUGCCCUGGCCCCAACUCGAGGAACGGAGCAAUAGUUUCAUGUGAAGGCCUCGGAGCGUCGCGACCCACCCGGCGGGAAAAAGUGAAGAACAAGAGACAGCAGGACAAGAAGACGAAGGGAGCAGCUCAAAGAUUCCUCUUGUUUCGUGUGCCUACCCACAAGAUUUGUAACGAUACGCUAGACGUGAGUGGGGCGGGUGUAUAACGUUAAUAAGGGAGGACCUCUUUUAGAGCUUUGGAAUGAAACGUUUGCCGUGAAGAAGUUGCCAGUGAAGAAGUGCCGGGUUGCGACUGAUUGUGGUGUUGGGAUUUUUUUUAUUAUUUGUUCUCAAGAUACGAUAGAAGUGGAGAGAAGUGCCGUGUGUUUCUUCGCAUUCAAAGUGUGGCUGUUUAUCUUGCUCUUCCUACGAGCUUUUCGUAGAAUCAAUCCUAACUGAUAGAAGAAGCUCUUGGCGUGUGAAGUGUCGAAGAAAGGUGGAAGCAACAAGUGAUCGUAGAGGAGAUGAAGUAAGUGGAGAGAAAGAGAAGAAAAAGCACAAUACGAAAGAAUUUGGUGUAAUAUUUUUUCGAAGCCUCUUCGUAGACCUAUUUGUGGUGAUUUGACUUUUUGUAGUGUUUGGUGAAGAAACGAGGAAAAAAGAUAUUUUCGUUGAAUAGCCGCCGCUGUCGCCAUCUACCCUACCAGCCACCAACCGGAACCGUGGUCCGUGGGGCAAGCGCCACCGUAUUUUUUGCUGCCACCAGCAAAACCAGCACGGCCAUCACCGGGUCAUCUCGGCUGCUGGAUCGGUUGGAAAUUUGAGAAGGAAGAAAGAACACAGGAGAAACAUAGACGUGAAGCGAGGUUUUGAAUGUGGCACACACAACAUAUUAAUCUUGCGGAUCAGAUCUCCAAAACACGUUGACAGAUUAGUACUGUUCGUUCCUUGAAGGGGGAGCCGUGUUUGUGCGUGCAUCACAUCGGUUUCGAGCUGUUCGCUAAAUUUGGUGGGAAUAGGUACCACAAGCGCGGACGGAUAGAAUCUUGGCCAUGUGCGCAAAGGAAGAAGGAACGAAGGUGGAAUGUAACCGGGUGACGGCAGAAACAAGCUGAAGAGAGAAUCACUCGCUUGCCCGGGAACGAUCACGCUGCUGAUGAUGGUGAUGAUGUGUGGUGUUGAAGCAUAGAGUGGAGAGCAGCGACAGCAAGAAGGAGAAACAGAAGAAGAACGGCAAAGCAGCAAGAGAGUAGUGAAAAAAUGAUGUUGAAAAUUUUUGGUUUUAAAAAAAAAGUUUAGCCCAAGAGUGAGAGAGAAGGAAAGAGCGAGCGAACGGAACGGAUCGCAACGUGUGUGUGUGUGAGUGUUGUGUGCGCCAGGAAGAAUCGUUCGCACACGAGAUAAAGUGCGCAAAAGUGCUCGGGAGGAGUCGCCGAAGAAGUUAGAAGCACCGCGUAAAGGAAAGCGAGAAGACCUGUGUGUGCGUAGUUUGUGUUGUAUUUCGGCCGUCGACAACUAUUAUUCAAUUUCUGGAAUGAGCCCAUUGCCGCCGCCGCCGCGUAACCGCUCUCUCGCUCGAUGAAGACAUGAAAUCAGAAUAAAAUUAAUUAUCGCAGUUAGCCGUGAAAUAGGGUUUUCUGGAUGGUCCGUUUUGGUGGUGCCAGGCAAGGCAAGUGACGUCAAACUGGUGGGUCCUAGUUGGCCACGUGCAUACGCGAAUCGCGCAUCGCGCGGGGUGAAGUUAAGUGAAGUGAAGCCGAAAUGGGCGAGAGAAUGUAAAUUGUGUGUGCUGCUGCGAUUGUGAUGGAUCGUGAAGUGGGCGUUUCGAAUGAGUUGAAACAAUUACCUCAGAUUGACAGGGCACCAGCGAUAUUAUGACGCAACGUUUGUUGGUUGCAAAGAAUUUUGGGUGCAGCGAAUAGCGGAAAGAUAAAUGUGCUAAGGGGGCGCGAUCGGGAGUAGAUCGGAUUAAGUGCGGAAGCCAGCAAAAUGCAUAGUGCCAGUUUAAAAUUCGCCUUUUGGCUGCUAGUCAUACUAGAAUUGUACGCCGCGAUAGAGGGCGUUGGUGCGCAUGGACCGGGUCCAGGGCCGGGGCCGGGUGUAGUGAUAGGAGCCCGGAGGAGAUCCUCCAAUGAUGGUGCAAUGCAAUCGCGUGCCGUCGAUACGCGAGUUCAGUUCGAAAUUUAUGAAAACGAAGCCCGCGGAACGGUGGUCGGGUACAUCCCGACGAAGCCAGGUUUCACCUACCGCUUCAAUGAACCCCCGCGGGAGUUUAUGCUCGAUCCAAACACCGGUGAGAUAAAAACCAACGCAAUUCUGGAUCGGGAGAUGAUAAAAAACGAUCGUUACGAUUUGGUGAUCCUCUCGAGUCAGCCAACGUAUCCGAUCGAGGUGCGAAUCACGGUGGUGGACGUCAACGACAACGCUCCAGAGUUCCCGGAACCGAGCAUAGCGGUGUCGUUUUCGGAAAGUGCCAUCUCCGGUACCAGGUUGUUGCUGGAUGCCGCCACCGAUAGGGAUAUUGGUGAGAACGGAGUGACCGAUGAUUAUCGGAUCGUGGACGGGAAUCACGACGAAAAGUUCCGACUAGCGGUGACCACAAACCCAAGUGGCGAUGUGUACUAUCUCCAUCUGGAGACGACAGGAAAAUUGGAUCGCGAAUCGCGAGGUUCCUACACGUUGAACAUAUCCGCGAAAGACGGUGGAACCCCACCAAGGUUCGGGUACCUACAAGUGAACGUCACCAUUUUGGACGUAAACGACAAUCCGCCGAUAUUCGAUCACAGCGAUUAUAUUGUCUCGUUGAACGAAAGUGUUCUUCCGGGGACACCCGUCCUCCAGGUGAUGGCAUCGGAUAACGAUCUGGGGGACAACAGCAAGAUCACUUACUACCUCUCGGACACGGAAACCCAGUUCACGGUAGACCCCGAGACGGGGGUGAUCUCCACCACAGAACAGCUGACAUGUCCCCAGCAAAACUGCCAGUCUCUGUCCCGACCGGACGGGAGCUGCCCGAAGAGUUGUGUGUUUACGGUGUUCGCGCGAGAUCAUGGAUCUCCCCGACAGGAUGGGCGAACGUAUGUGACGGUCAACCUGGUUGACACAAACGAUCACGAUCCGGUGAUCCGGUUUCAGUAUUUCCCCCCAACUGGUAGCUACGCGACGGUUGAUGAAAACGCCGCGAACAGUUCCGUGGUUGCGGCCGUGUCGGUUGUCGAUAUGGACGAAGGGCUGAACGGUGACACAAGUCUUCGGAUCAUCGCCGGGAAUGAUCUACAGCAUUUCCGCCUCGAGAAAUCGCCCAGUUUCUACAUUGUCCGGGUGAACGGUGUCCUCGAUCGGGAGGAAAUCGGAAAGUACAACCUCACUGUUGUGGCGACCGAUCGUGGGACACCCCCACGAACGGCAACCGCCCAUCUGAUAAUCCACGUCAAUGACGUUAAUGAUCACGAGCCGGUUUUCGGCAAAUCGGAGUACUCUGCUGUGUUGAGUGAGUUGGCACCGCCCGGGACAUUCGUGGCCAGUAUAACCGCCACGGACGAAGAUACCGGUGUUAACGCGCAAAUUUUCUACGACUUCGUUUCGGGCAAUAACAACCAGUGGUUCAAAAUUGAUCCGUCCUCGGGUUUGAUCACAACCCAGGCUCAGCUAGAUCGCGAAGUGAACGGUAACAUUGAGUUGAGUAUCUCGGCGCGGGACGGCGGUCCCAAUCCCAAGUGGGCUCACACUCAGUUGAAGGUCACCAUUUUGGAUGAGAACGACGAGACGCCGCAGUUUUCCCAAUCCCGGCUGAAUAUCACCCUGAACGAAAAUACCAAACCCAAAACGGUGGUAACCAUCCUGAACGCGGUGGAUCACGACCAGGGCACCAAUGGGAGCAUCACAUAUUUGCUGCAUCCGAGCGUGGAGAAGAAUUAUCCAGGGGUGUUCCAUCUGGAUUCGAUCUCGGGCCAGCUAACGACCCGGGUGGGGUUGGAUCGGGAGCGUGUGCCGCAGUACAGUAUUCAGGUGAUCGCCCGUGACCAGGGUACUCCGCCGCAGUCGUCCACUGCGACCGUGCAGUUGACGAUCGAGGAUGCGAACGAUAAUAGCCCGGAGUUUUAUCCGAAGCAGUACUGUCUGGCGCUGGCGGACGAUACCCCGACGGGGAGGCCGAUCCUGGCGGUGAAGGCAACCGAUCGGGACGAAGGGGAAAAUGCGGUGGUUUCGUACGAGAUCGUUAGCGGAGGGGAUGGGAUGUUCGCGAUCGAUGCGAGCAGUGGGCAGAUAAGCUUGAGGGGAAGUUUGAAGAAGUCCUCCAAGCCGUUGCACAAAAUUGUGAUCUCGGCGAAGGACCGUGGCGGACGGAAGGCCGAGAAGGAUGCGGUUGUGGAGAUAAUCAAGGAGUCGAUUGUGGAGGAGAUCGAGUUCGACACGCUGAGUGGAUAUGAAUUUCAGCUUGUGGAGGAUAAUGGUUUGGGUGGUGGAACGAGAGGCGAACGGGAUGUUGGGCAGGUGCGGAUGAAGUCCUCCCCGUCGGUGCGGGACGCGGAAUUCUCCAUCUUGCAGGGUGAUCCGAGAGAGAACUUCAAAAUCGGCGAACGAAGUGGAAUGAUUUCCAGUGCGAAGCAUAUCGAUCGCGAGAUGGCGUCGUUUUACAGCCUCACAGUGGGCGCCAGGAAUGGAUUAAACUUUGGCCAGACGAUCGUUAACGUAACGAUCGUUGAUUUGAACGACAACGCUCCGGUAUUUUUGCACGAUCACGACGAGAUCAGUUUACCGGAAAACACUGCCGUUGGGCAGGAAAUUUACCUCUCCAAAGCGAAGGACGCCGAUUCGGGACCCAACAGUCGCAUAUCGUACAGCUUGAGUUACAACCCGCAGGGACUGUUCAGAAUCUCCGAAACUACUGGCGUACUCUACCUAAAUCGGCCGAUCCUCGUCGAUCCUGGCACCGCGCUCAAUUUAGAAAUAUCGGCAUCGGAUAACGGGGAGCCACCGCUCAGCACGAAGAGCAGUGUCGUGGUUACGAUUGAGGAUGUCAACGAUCACACUCCGGUUUUUGAUCACACCUCGUACGAAACGUCCCUGCUCGAAUCAAUGCCGGUGAAUUCGAGAUUUUUCGCACUCGCCGCAUCGGAUGCCGAUAUUGGGCUAAACCAACUAAUUUCCUACGAUAUCAUCGAGGGCAAUGUGGACGGCAAGUUUGGUAUUUUCCCGGAUGGGUUUUUGUACGUGAAAAGCGCGCUCGAUCGGGAGGAGCGCGAUUAUUAUUCGCUCACCAUCACUUGUACCGAUGCGGGUGACCCCGUGCGGAGCUCCUCCGUCCCGGUGAUCGUUCACGUGAUCGAUGAGAAUGAUAACCCGCCGCAGUUUACCAACAGCACCUUCAUGUUUAGCGUGGCGGAGAACGAGCCGGCCGAUACGUUCGUGGGGAAGCUGACGGCCGUCGAUCGUGACAUUGGCCGAAACGCAGAGCUAAUCUAUACGCUCUCGAGCAAGCAGGAUGAUUUUACUAUCGAUUCGCGGAAUGGAUUCAUCAAAACAAUGCACGAAUUUGACCGGGAAGCGUUGGUGCAAAGCAGUGGACAAAAUUUUAUCACGCUGGAGGCGAUCGUUUCCGAUAAUGGGUUGACCCGGUUGCGGGAUAAAGUGAAGAUUAAGGUGUUUAUAACGGAUGUGAACGAUAAUGCGCCAACGUUCGUGCGGGCUCCUUAUAAGGUGCAGAUCUCGGAGGGAUCAUCGAUCGGUACCCAGCUGAUUCGGGUGUACACGAAUGACGCCGACGAGGGGCUUAAUGGGGACGUGUUUUACUAUAUAGCCGAGGGUAACACCGGCGAGCGAUUCGUAAUUGAUGAUGCUACCGGUCAGAUAACGCUGGCCAAAGCCUUGGAUCGUGAAACGGUGUCAACGUAUAAAUUAACGAUCGUCGCUCAUGAUGCAUCGAUGCAGAAUCGAUUGAGCGCCAGCACGACGGUCACAAUUGAGGUGCUGGACGAGAACGAUGACGCCCCGGAGUUCACCCAAACGCUGAGCCAAAUCUCGAUCAACGAAACCACGCCAAUCGGCACGGAGCUGAUUCGUUUCCGGGCGACCGAUAUGGAUCUGGGCGUUAAUAGUCAGAUCACAUUUUCGAUUGCCGCCGGCAAUCGCAGGGACACGUUCCACAUUGACCCUACCAGUGGCUAUCUGUACCUGCACAAGCUGCUUGAUUACGAGGACACCCAAAGCUACUCGCUGAACAUUACAGCCUCCGACGGGGGAAACCCUCGGCUGUCGACAACGAUCUUGUUCAUGGUGAACGUGAUUGAUUCGAACGAUAACCCGCCUAGUUUCCCAAACACGGCGAUCGUCAGGCAAAUUCGCGAAGGAAUUCCCAUCAAAACUCCCAUUGUUACCGUCACCGCUGAGGAUCCCGACUCGGGCCUCAACGGCAAAGUGACUUACGAGAUAGCAAAUCAGGACCCGGAGAAUCGCGAUCGGCACUUUGGCAUUAAUCCAACGACAGGUGUUAUUCACACGCUGCAUGACAUAGAUCGCGAAGCGAUCGACACUUAUCGGUUGACAGUUCUGGCCACCGAUCAGGCCCUGGUUCAGACGCAACGCCUGUCGGCGGAAAAACUUGUUACGGUGAUAGUGGAGGACAUUAACGAUAACGCGCCGGUGUUUGUGUCUAUGAACGCAGCCAUUCUACCAAUGAAGGACAUUCGCAUUGGGGUGGACAGUGGCCCCAGCCCCAUAAUGUACAUUAACGCACACGAUGCCGAUUCCAGCUCCAAUGGGCUGGUGACGUACGAGAUGACCGGGGGCAAUAUGGACCUGUUCCGGCUGCAUCGUUCAACCGGUGCCAUCACGCUGCGUAAACCGAUAUCGAAGCCCGAGAUUCGCUAUCAGCUGUCGGUGCGGGCGACCGAUGAGGCGGUGCAAAAUGAGCGCAAAAGUAGCGACGCGUAUAUCACGAUCGUCACGACCGUUUCCGCCAGCAAUGGGCCAGUGUUUGUGAAGAAGGAGCUGUUCGGGAGUGUGUCCGAGAAUGAACCCAUCGGGACGAGCAUUUUGACCGUGUCCGCGUAUCUGAAUUCCGUCAGUGACAUCGAGUACUACGUGACGAAUGUGACCGGCGACGGGGAGCAGGUGAAUCGGCUGUUCGACAUCGACACCAAGCUGGGGAUACUCUCCACGGCGGCGGAACUGGACCGCGAGUCCGGCGUGGAGAGCUACGAGGUGGAGGUUUAUGCGAUCGCGCUCGGAGGAAUGCCCCGAACGACCAGUACCAAGAUCCGAGUCAACGUGUUGGACAAGAACGAUAGCCCACCGACGUUUCGUGACGUUCCGCUGUUGUUUUCCGUAUCGGAAGAUUUGGCCGUGGGGCAGACGGUAGCGCAGAUAACGGCCACCGAUCCGGACACCCUCGGUUCGCUCGAGUAUGCCCUGGUGAAGGGCGACACCGGAAAGUUUCUGCUCGAGAAGGAUACCGGACUGCUCAAACUCCGGGACACGCUGGAUCGCGAAACCGAAGACACCUAUCGGCUGGUGAUCAGCGUUACCGAUGGCAUCCAGAGCACCGAAACCACAGUCACCGUCCAGGUAACCGACACAAACGACAACCCGCCAUCGUUCUCCGAGCCGGCGUACUCAUUCGACAUUCCGGAGAACGCACCGCGCGGCUUCCAGGUGGGCAAAAUUUCGGCCAGCGAUCCGGAUUUGGGCACAAACGCAGCCGUCUCAUACACCGUCAUCUCGGACUGGGCCAACGAUGUGUUCUCACUGAAUCCGCAAACAGGAAUUUUCACACUGACCGCCCGGUUGGAUUACGAGCAGGUACAGCACUACAUUCUGGUGGUCCAAGCCCAAGAUAACGGCCACCCGAGUCUGUCCAGCACCCUGACCGUGUACUGCAACGUAAUCGAUUUGAACGACAAUGCGCCAAUUUUUGACCCGAUGAGCUACUCCAACGAGAUCUUCGAGAACGUGCCAAUCAACACCGAUGUGGUAACGGUCAGUGCCACCGAUACCGACUCCGGAAUUAAUGGACGCAUCGAGUACAGCAUCACGGCCGGGGAUGACAACGAGGAUUUCCAGAUACUCGGCAACGGAACGAUCCGUACGCGGCGCGAACUGGACCGCGAGAGCAAAGCAAGCUACAAUCUGAUCGUAACGGCGCGGGAUUUCGCCAAAGAGCCGGAAAAACGUCUGUCGUCCACUGUGCAGGUUACGAUCAUCCUCAAGGAUGUUAACGACCUUGCGCCGGAGUUUGUGACACCCAACGAAACGAGUGUCGUCGAGAACAUUCCAAUCAACACUGUCAUUAUGGCGAUUAAGGCUGUGGACCGUGACGAGGGACGCAACGGAUACGUCGAGUAUCAGCUCGAUCCGAACGUUCAAACCCCCUUUACGGUCGGCUCGGCGGAUGGUUUGCUGCGAGUAUCGGGCAGAUUAGAUCGUGAAACCAAAGCCACCUAUGAGCUGACGGUAACCGCAAAGGAUCGAGGCGAGCCGCCCAAGUCCAGCCAGUCCAGGAUACUGAUCCACGUGCUGGACGAGAACGAUAAUAGCCCCAUCUUCGAUCCGAAACAGUACAGCGCGGCCAUCGCAGAAAAUGCCAGCAUCGGGGCUAGCGUGCUACAGGUUUCCGCCACCGAUAUCGACGAGGGCGCUAAUGGACGGGUUCGCUUCUCGAUAGCGGCCGGCGACGACAAUCGGGAUUUCACCAUCAGCGAGGACAGUGGAAUCGUCCGGGUUGCCAAGAACCUUAACUACGAGCGGAAGGCCCAGUACAUCGUCACCGUGCGGGCCGAGGAUUCCGCUAGCGAUACGGAGAGCGGCGAGGUCCGGUUCGAUACCGCCCGGCUGUCCAUCACCAUCACGGACAUCAACGACAAUCCGCCCACCUUUCUGGACUCGCCCUAUCUCGCGUACGUGAUGGAGAAUGUGAUCCCCCCGAACGGGGGGUACGUCAUCACCGUGAGGGCGUACGAUGCAGACACACCACCGUUCAACUCGCAGGUUCGAUACUUCCUGAAGGAGGGUGAUACGGACUUUUUCAAGAUAAACGCAUCGAGCGGGGAGAUUUCGCUGCUGCGAGCGCUCGACCGGGAGCUGCAGGCCGAGUACAUCCUGACACUAGUGGCCAUGGAUACCGGAUCACCACCCCUCACCGGAACGGGAACGGUUCGGGUCAUCGUGCAGGACAUGAACGACCACAGUCCGGAGUUCGAGCGGCAGUCCUACCUUGCCACCGUAUCGGAGAACCUUCCUGCUGGAACGCGGGUGCUACGGCCGAUUGCCACCGAUAAGGACUCCGGUUUGAACGCAAAAAUUCGGUACACUCUGCUGGGUGAACACUCGGCUCGCUUCAGUGUCAACCAGGACAGCGGGGAGAUAUCCACGGCUGUUAUGUUGGAUCGGGAAAGCAUUGCGCAGUACCAUUUCACACUGAUGGCGCAGGAUAGUUCCACGACGGAGCCGAGGGCCACCGUCGUAAAUCUAACGAUCACGGUAUCCGAUCAGAACGACAACAGUCCGACGUUCGACUCGGGCAGCUUCCACGUCAACAUUCCCGAUCGGAUCAAACGGAAUCAAUUUGUGUUCGGUGCCAAGGCGGUUGAUCUCGAUGAGGGCGUAAAUUCGCGCAUUCUGUACUCGAUCAGUGGACCAGAUGCCAGCAAAUUCCGGAUCAACGAGAAUACAGGGGUCAUUGAGGCUUCCGUUGAGCUGUCCCUACCGGGGCAGAAUGCUGACCGCGUGUUCAGUCUGGUUAUCGAAGCUCGCGAUCAGGGAUACGACCAGCGGUCAACGCGAAGUGAACUGACGAUCGCCCUAAAAUCGGCCCAUCUCUUCCCGGUCUUCUCCUACCUCUCGGAAACGCAAUUUAUCCUCCCGGAGGACAUCGCCGAUGGGAAGAUCGUCACCAAAAUCUCGGCUACCUCACCGAAGAAAGGUCCGGCGGGGAAUAUCCGGUACGCGAUCGCGGGUGGAAAUAUCGGCGAUGCGUUGAGAAUCGAUCCGAACACCGGGGAGGUUGCCGUCAACAAGGGAGGUCUGGAUUACGAGAGUAAUCAGCAGUACGAGGUUUGGAUCGAGGCAGCGGACUCGGACCGGCCAAGCCUGCGGAGCGUCAUGCAACUGAUCAUCAAUGUGACCGACUCGAACGACAACGCUCCGGUGAUGGAGAAACAGGUUUAUACGGCUGAGGUGAUGGAGGAAGAAUCGCCGGGCUUGUUUGUGACGAAGGUUCAGGCGAGUGACGCCGAUUCGGAGGAAAAUGGUCAGAUCACGUACAGUUUGAGGGAUGAUUUCGAAAGUUUUGAGAUCAACAGCGACACCGGGGAGAUUUACACGACCACCCGACUGGAUCGGGAGGAUAUUCCUCGGUACGCGUUGAUCGUGGAAGCGGUGGAUCAGGGUGUACCUCAACUCACCGGUAGUGCUACGGUUCUAAUCAACGUUUUGGACAAGAAUGACAAUCCGCCGAAAUUUACGCGCUUGUUCAGUGUGAAUGUGACGGAAAACGCUGAAAUUGGUAUUUUUGUUAUUAAGAUCACCUCUUCCGAUUCGGACAUUGGAACCAACGCAAACGCCACGUACAUUUUCACGGAAAAUUUUGGGAACAAAUUCUUGAUCGAUUCAACCACUGGGAACGUCACUGUGGCGGGUCAUCUUGAUCGCGAGCAGCAGGACGAGUAUAUUCUGAAAGUGGCAGCUGUAGAUGGAGCAUGGAGGGCGGAAACGCCCCUCACUAUCACCAUCCAGGAUCAGAACGACAACGCUCCGGAAUUCGAGCACAGUUACUACAGCUUCAAUUUCCCGGAGUUGCAGAAACCGAUCACGUUCGUCGGGCAGGUUAUCGCAACGGAUCGUGAUAAGCACGGACCCAACUCGGUCAUUUCGUAUUCCCUCCAACAGCCAUCGGAUAUGUUCUCGAUCGAUCCGGCCACCGGCGAGAUCUUCAGCAAACGCACCAUUCACUACAAACACACGCAGUUGGAGGCAUCUCCGGAGAAUAUGUUCAGUUUGACUGUUCUGGCGACGGAUAACGGUAAACCUCCUAUGUACUCGGAAUGCUUGAUCAACAUCAACGUCGUGGAUGCCAACAACAAUCCACCGGUGUUCACCCAGAGAGAGUACCUGUCACCGGCACCCGAAGGGGCCACCGUUGGACAGAAGAUCAUGCAACUUGUCGCUCGGGAUGAGCUGGAUUUCGGAGUGAACGCGGAGAUUGAGUACAUCAUCACGGGAGGGAAUGGAACAAACAGUUUUGUGGUGAACAAAAAUGACGGAUGGAUUGUGGUGAGUAAUGCGCUGAAUGAAAACCCCGGCAAGGUGUACACAUUACACGUCAGAGCCGUUGAUAAGGGCGUACCGCCCCAGCAGGACGAAGUGAUCGUGACCAUCGUGAUCACCGGGAUCAAUAAAUUCGCUCCCGUCUUCCAAAGCCCAUCCUACCAGGUGAUCGUCCCGGAGAACGAACCAAUCGGAUCCACAAUACUCACCAUCAGUGCCCCGGAUAGCGACGAAGGCCCGAACGGGAUGGUACGCUACUCGAUCACGGGUGGCAACGAACGGAAGGAGUUCGCAAUCGACACCGUCACCGGUGCGAUCACUAUCCUCCAAUCGCUUGACUACGACGUGAUCCAGACGUACCAGCUCAACAUCACAGCCGAAGAUCUUGGCUUCAAACCGAAGCGAUCGAUGGCCAUGAUCACGGUAACCCUCACCGACAUCAACGACAACGCGCCCACUUUCAACCAGACCGAGUACGAUGCCUUCAUCCCGGAGAACUCACCACCGAAUACAUUCGUCUUCCGGCCGAUCGCACAUGAUCGUGACUCCCCUAAGAACGCGAUCAUCCACUACUCGAUCGUUAGUGGAACCGGUCGGGAUCUGUUCUCGAUUGACAUGAUCAGCGGCGCGAUCGCAUCGAAAGCGACCUUCGACUACGAGGAACACAACCGCUACACGCUGGAUGUGCUGGCGGUGAAUCCGGAAUCGCCGAUGAAGAAUAAAACCCGGGUGAUCGUACACGUGACCGGGGUGAAUGAGUUCUAUCCGAAGUUCGUUCAGCCCGUGUUUCACUUUGAUGUGUCGGAAUCGGCGGAGGUUGGUUCGAGCGUUGGGUACAUCCAGGCGACGGAUAAGGACGCCGGAGAGGACGGAAAGGUGUACUAUCUGUUGGUUGGUUCCAGCAACGAUAAAGGGUUUAGCAUACAUCCGGAAACGGGAGUGAUGGUUGUUUCGAGAAAUUUGGAUCGAGAGACACAAUCGCGAGUUGUGCUGACGGUAUUGGCGAAGAACUUUGGCGGCAUUCGAGGCAACGACACCGACGAAGCACAGGUGAUCAUCUCGAUCCAGGACGGGAACGAUCCGCCGGAGUUUUUACUGGACUUCUACGAGGCUGAGGUAUCGGAGGGAGCCCAGGUUGGCUCCCGAAUCAUCACCGUGAAGGCAGUGGAUAAGGAUGUUCGACCACAGAACAACCAGUUUAGCUACUCGAUCAUCGGUGGGAACAACGACCACUCGUUCAAGAUAGAUCCCCAGUCGGGGCAAAUCGAAACGGCCCGGAUGUUGGACCGAGAAACUGUUCCAACACAUAAGCUUAUUCUUGGUGCCAUCGACACCGGAUCUCCACCGCAGACAGGAACGACAACGGUGAAAAUUUCAGUCACCGAUAUCAACGACAACGGGCCGACCUUCGACGCGAAGGAUACCAUCGGAUCGGUGCUUGAAAACGAACCACCGAACACGGUCAUUAUGACGCUGACGGCGAGUGAUCCCGAUCUCCCCCUGAACGGAGCUCCCUUCACCUACUACCUGGUUGGAGGUCGUCAUAAAUCGCUGGCCACACUGGAGAAGCAUUCCGGGGUGCUCAAAACCGCCCGAGCGAUCGAUCGCGAGACCACACCCAAACUGGAGCUGCUCGUCGAGGUGGAGGACAACGGAAAACCAAAGCUGCGAACCCAGCACACGAUAACGGUCAACGUGAUGGAUCAGAACGACAGCCCAUCCACGCCCCGGGUGGUGCACGUGCUGGUCUAUGUGUUCAACAACGAAAUCAACGGCGAUAUCGCGAAUGUGCACCCGAACGAUCCGGACACGGCAGGCGAGUAUCGGUGCAAGAUUUUGAGUGACAUCAACAAACAUCCGGUGAACGCUUUCAGCAUCAGCUCGGGCUGCAAACUGCGUCCAACAGCUGCGUCCUCGUUUCCCGGCAGUGGACAAACUUUUCUGGUAUCCGGGAACGAUGGGAUACACGCGGACGUCGUGUCCACGGUUAGCGUCGAGUUUCUUCGCUUCGACAAUGUAACGGUUGACAACUCGAUCACGGUUCGGAUCGAGAAUAUGACAAGCGGGCGAUUCCUUGCCAAUUUUUAUCGGAACUUUGUGGACAUUCUGAAGUCUUCGAUCGACGGCUCGGACGAGUUGGUUCUAUACAGCCUGCUGGAUGUGGGCAGUGCCAUGGAUAUCUCGGUGGCUGUCGUAAGCGGUGGGAAAGGGUUCCGCUCGAAGCAAUAUAUGCUGGAUCGGUUCAACAAGAAGCAGGAUGCGAUCAAUUUGCUGCUGCAGAGUUCCCGAACUACGUUCGGGUUCAUUCCGUGUGACGCGAAUACCUGCGACAAUGGAGGUGUUUGCUUCGAGAAGAUCAAUGUUUACGAGGAUGUUCAGAUCACGGAUAGUCAGUCGUUGAUUUUCACGUCGCCACUGGUGAGACACGACUUCCGCUGCAAGUGUUCGGACGGUUAUACGGGUCAGAAGUGCGACAAGCGGCAGGAUCCAUGCUCGCCAAAUCCCUGCCAGGCUGGGGGACAGUGUCGUCGGCAGGGUUACGACUACCAGUGUUCAUGCCCGGCGAAUCGUGAGGGCAAGUUCUGUCAACUGGAACGGGGGGAUAUAUGCUCGAGUGCUCCCUGUAAGAAUGGGGGUUCCUGUAGGGAGAGCUCGGACGGUUCGUCGUUCUUCUGUCUGUGUCGACCGGGAUAUAGGGGGAACCAAUGCGAGGCGGUAGCGGAUUCUUGUAGACCCAAUCCCUGUCUACAUGGUGGUUUGUGCGUUAGCAUGAAACCGGGUUACAAGUGUAGCUGUGGCGAUGGACGAUACGGAAGACACUGCGAGAAGAGUACCUUCGGAUUCAAAGAACUAUCGUAUAUGGCCUUCCCGGCGCUAGACUCGGCAACGAAUGACAUUUCGGUGAUCUUCGCAACGACGAAACCCGAUGCUCUGCUGAUCUACAACUACGGGAUACAGAGUGGAGGACGGUCAGACUUCGUGGCAAUGGAGGUAGUCAAUGGACGGGCUGUGUUUUCGUUUGGAGGAGCAAGGACCGCAAUUACUUCGCUGGUCGUUGGACAGGGAGCCUCCAGUAGUAACACAAUCUCCAACGGAAAAUGGCACAAGAUUACUGCGACACGCAACGGGCGCGUCAUGUCACUAAGCGUUUCGAAAUGCACGGAGAAUGGUGACUACUGCGAGGAUUGCCGACCGGGUGAUUCGAACUGCUACGCAGACGACAUGGGUCCCACCGGAACGCUCAACUUCAACAAACACUUCCUGCUGGUGGGUGGACUCUCAUCGGCCGAUCCCGUCCUCGAGCGCCCCGGCCAGGUCCACUCGGACGAUCUGGUGGGGUGCGUUCACAGCGUGUCAAUCAAUGGACGAGCGCUCAAUCUGAGCGCCCCGAUUAAAUCCUUCGGGGUGGAGUCAACCUGUAAACGGAGCAGCAACGGAGGACCCUGCAGCUUGGGGCUUCCCGAUGAUCCCGCGCAGCCCCUCUGCGGACCAUUUGGUAGCUGUAUGGAUCGUUGGCAUACGGCGAUGUGUCGCUGUGGUGGAACGAUUCUGUCACCCGAUUGCUCCAACUCGUUGGAACAUUAUUCGAUAGCGGAUGGGGGAUUCAUCGAGUUUGAAAUCUCCGAAAAGCACAAACGAAUGCAGCUGUUGGAGAAUAUCUAUAGUGGGAAGAACAUAUGGAGCUAUGACGUCACUCGGAACAAACGCUACUCGAUCAAGACGGAGAAUAUUUCCAGUCUGACCAUUGCGGAAGAUCCUCCCAAGUACAUGAGCAUACUGUUCAAGACCAACAAGCCUAACGGCUUACUGAUCUACGCCGCCACCAACAAGCAUUAUACCGCAAUCGAGCUGAAGAACGGGAAGAUCUUCUACAAUUCGCAUCAGACCUCGUAUGUCAACAUUACUACCUCUUCACCAGAUAACCUAGACGACGGUAACUGGCACAACAUCACGCUUCACACUCACAACCGUGUCCUGCGGGUGAUGGUCGACGGGAAGAACGCCAUCGAUGAUUUGGAUUCGGCCGGAGUGCACGAUUUCCUCGAUCCCUAUCUAACCGUCCUCUCGAUCGGAAACGUUCGCAGGGAGCUUUUCGUCAACGAAGUCCUCCCGACGUACUUCCAGGGUUGCUUGGCGAACUUCACCAUCAACAGUGAAAUUCAACCGUUCAAUGGAUCGGGUAGUAUCUUUAGGAAAGUGGUUCACAGGGGUAACGUAAUACCGGGAUGUUUGCUGGCCGGUCUGGGAGCUGCCCAGGUCACGGAUCCGCUGAGUAUCGGCAUCACGCUGGUGAUUGUUUUCUUUGUGGUGCUGCUGGUUGCGAUAUUCCUAUCGUUCCUGGUGUUUCGGCUUCGGAAGCAACACAAGGAGAAGAGUGGUGGACUCGGAGGUCCCUCUGCAAUCCAUUCCAAGCAGAAUGGAGGCUCGACCCUGUUGAGCACCUCCCAGCUGGUGUCGUCCGGUGUUCACAAUGACAUUGGGAGGAGUAUUCACGUCAACGAUCUGUCCGUCGUUGGGUACCAUUCCGAUAACAAUGAUAUGCUGCGGGGAGUCGGUGGUCAUCAUCUGGUGGGACCGGAGCUGAUUUCCAAGAAAUACAAGGAACGAGAUCUUAACACGAGCGAGCCUCAGCGACCACAGCGUCCGGAUAUCAUCGAGCGGGAGGUGGUAAGCAAGAGUCCUCCCCUGAGAGAAGAUCAUCAUCCACCACUGCCCCCAUCCAGUCAAUCCCAUCACGCCCAUGACCACACCAAUCCGGUCGAUCUAGGCUCAGAGUAUCCCGAACACUACGAUCUGGAAAACGCCAGCUCGAUUGCCCCUUCGGACAUCGACAUCGUCUACCACUACAAAGGGUACCGCGAAGCGGGAGGCGUUCGGAAGUACAAAGCCACCCCACCUCCGGUGGCAACCUACACCCAUCACAAGCACCAAACUUCAGCCCAGCAGCAGCAUCGUCAUUCGCCGCAUCACGCCGGUCCGUAUGCUCCCCGUGUUCCACCCCAAGCUAGUCAACCUCCGCCAUCGAACACUCCGCGGCCGCAUCAAACCACACCGCUGGCACGACUAUCGCCAAGCUCGGAGCUCAGCUCCCAGCAGCCACGCAUCCUUACCCUUCACGAUAUCUCCGGGAAACCUCUGCAAAGCGCCCUCCUAGCAACCACCUCAAGCUCCGGAGGUGUCGGUAAGGACGCCCUCCACAGCAAUAGCGAACGCAGCCUCAACAGCCCGGUCAUGAGCCAACUCUCGGGGCAAAGCUCCAGCGCAAGCCGAAAAAACCCCGGAGUUCCCCAACAACCACAAAACGUCAAUUCCGUCGUGACGGGACCCAUGGGCUUGACGGCCGAGGAAAUCGAACGACUAAACUCCCGUCCACGCACAUCCAGCCUGGUGUCCACACUGGACGCCGUGUCGAGUAGCAGUGAAGCGCCGCGUGUCCCAGCGCCCCACCUAACCCACAUGCAUCACUCCCCGGCCGUUGAUGCCCACAGUUCGACCUCGACGGACGAAAGUGGCAACGACAGUUUCACCUGUUCCGAAAUAGAGUACGACAACAACAGCAUCAGCGGAGACAAAUACAACAAAACCCGAGAAGACAACAGCCGCCGGGCGGUCAAUGAUAACAACAACAGCAACAAGGCUCCCCACCUGCCCCCUUCGUCCUACGAUGGGUUCGAUUCGUCCUUCCGGGGAUCACUGAGCACGCUGGUGGCCUCCGAUGAUGACCUGUCCACCCACAUGGUGGGAAUGUACCGCCAGCCAAACGGUGCCUCCCCAUCGGCCACCGGUUGGGACUAUCUGCUCAACUGGGGCCCCAACUUCGAGAGCCUGAUGGGAGUCUUCAAGGACAUCGCCGAGCUGCCGGACACCGUCAAUGGGCGCGUUCCGAGCUCGCUCCGGAUACCGGCCGGUGUGCAGAAACCAUCGGAAGAGUACGUGUAGAAAGAUGUACAAUAAAAAAAAAACCCAACGCUCGAGUGGCAAUUUUAAAUAACACCUGUAAAUACUAGCGACUACUGAAUUUUAAUUAGUGCGUGAAUUAAGUGAAUGUAAGAAGAAACAAAGCAAAGAAUGAAGCGACAGGGAGGGAACACUUCCUCCCCGCGUUCGUGAUGUGCAUAUUUUUGCAUUGCCUUGUAUCAAGGUACGACCUCGACUAAAUAGUUUUGCAAGGUGUAGGAUAGGAAGCGCCAUUCGCAAAAGAAGACCUUUGAAGGUCCUUCGCAUGUGCAUUUAAUACCAUGAUGAUGACACCAGGCGUGUGCAUUGACUAUUCCCCCCAUUUCCUCAUUUUAUAAUUUUAAUCAACAAAAACUGGAUCAGUGCUAUGUGUUUUUAAUUUCAUUAAUUUUUUUGAAUCGCUGUAAAUAGCCAAUUUUAGCUAGAACAAGAGCCCAGGAAGAGAAUUAUCGUAAACUGUCUUGCCAUAUGCUUUUUAAGAACGAUCCUAUGAGAGACACACGCAGUUGUGGUGGAGCAUUUUUGUAGAUGAUUAUGCUUUUUAGCUAGACCUGUUUUAACAAUUUUACCCUCCCCCAAACCGUAUUGUAGGUAUAGAGAAUAUUAGCAGCAAUAACGUGUUCGCGCAAAUCAUGACUUCCAAAUGAGACUGUUUUAUUUUAUCAUUUUUAAUCGGUACGUUAGACGUGUAAGUGCUAGCUGGUAAGUUUUAAGCGGUAGGAUAAUCAUUCUUUGUAAAACAAAACAAACUCAAAAUCUAUACCGUACAAAUGAUUGCUCGACAGACACUUCCGCGACGAAUAAUCAAUUUGUAAAUAGUCUAGAGUGACGGAGGAAGAUCGACUUUGUUUCUAGUGAAAUACAUUUCUGUACAAUUUCAAAUCAAAAG